CAACGCUGUCGUUUCACGUUUGUACGCGGGCGACUGGGCGCCACCAUUUUAUGUUUUAUAUGUGGACAAAAUUUUGUUAAUGUUGAUAAAAAAUGAGUGAUUAUUCAGCGGUAGCUCCGCCACCUCAACAGAACUUCAACCAGUCUUCAGCCUUCGCGGCGGCCCUCCAACGCGCUAAACAGAUCGCCGCCAAAAUUAACCCAAACUCGACGAAUCCCAACGAUAACAGACAGAAGAGGCCUUUGGAGGACGGUCCAGAUCAUUUUGCAGAACCGGAUGCGAAAAAGGGUCCCGGGACCAGCGGACCACCUCCUCAACUCCCUCCUCCAGGGAGCAGACCGCCACCAAACCAGGGCGGCAUGGGUGGACCGGCCAUGGGCGGCGGGCCACAGCUAAACGAGGAUAUUAAAGUACCAGAUAAGAUGGUCGGCUUGAUAAUUGGCCGUGGAGGCGAACAAAUCACUAGACUCCAGUCCGAAUCAGGAUGCAAAAUCCAAAUGGCACCUGAUUCGCAGGGAAUGCCAGACCGUGUUUGUUCACUAUCUGGCACAAAAGAGGCUAUCAAUAGAGCCAAGGAGCUCAUUAUGAAUAUCGUUCAUCAAAGAGGCCGCUCGGAAGGGUUGGGUGGGCUCGAUCUAGGGCCAAACAUGGGGCACAAUAAUUACCCAGGAAUGAACAACAUGAACCAAAGCAUGGGCGGUGGUGGCGGCGGCGGCGGAGGAGGCGGCGGCGGCGGCGGUGGUGGCGGCGGCGGCGGCGGCGGUCGCAACUUCGUCGAGAUCAUGAUCCCGGGCCCGAAGGUCGGCCUGAUCAUCGGCAAGGGCGGCGAGACCAUCAAGCAGCUGCAGGAGAAGAGCGGCGCCAAGAUGGUCGUCAUCCAGGACGGGCCGAACCAGGAGCAGGAGAAGCCCCUGCGGAUCAGCGGAGACCCUUCCAAAGUCGAAUACGCCAAACAGUUAGUGUACGAUCUGAUCGCCGAGAAAGAGAUGCAGAACUAUAACCGGAGAGGUGGCGGCGGUCGACAGGACGACAGACAACAGUAUAACGAUUACGGUGGCGGCGGUAGUAACGAGGCCGAAGUUUUAGUGCCGAGACAAGCGGUGGGGGUGGUUAUCGGUAAAGGGGGCGACAUGAUCAAGAAAAUACAAGCCGAGACGGGGGCGAGAGUGCAGUUCCAGCAAGCGAGAGAGGAGGGGCCGGGCGAGAGGCGGUGCUACCUCUCGGGUACUCCAAAACAAGUAGAACAGGCUAGACAACGAAUAGAAGAACUCAUCGACAGCGUCCAUCGAAGAGACGGCGACGGUCCGGGUCAGGGUCGCGGCGGCGGCGGCAGAGGCCGAGGCGGCGACCGGUACGACAACCGAGGAAACAACCGGAACGGCGGCGGCCAGGAUUACGGCGGCUGGGACGACAGGCGGCAGCAGCAGCCGCCUCAGGAGGUCACUUUCGUUGUACCUAGUUCGAAGUGCGGCGUGAUCAUCGGCAGAGGUGGCGAAACAAUCAAACAGAUCAAUCAGCAGUCCGGCGCCCAUUGUGAACUGGACAGACGGUCGCAAAACAAUCAGAACUCGAACGAGAAAACGUUCAUAAUCCGCGGCGACUCGGAUCAGAUCGAAGCGGCGAAACGAAUUAUUAGCGAUAAAGUCCAAAUGCCUCUCAACUUUGUACCUGUCGGCGGUCCGGCCAUGUCGAACAACAUGCAAACUGCCUAUCCUGGAAUGGCACCUCAAGGUUAUAAUCCACAGAAUUGGGGAAUGCCGGCUUAUCAGCAGCAGUGGAACGCGCCCCAACAAGGAGCCGACGCCCCAGCUCAACAGAACACGAUGCAGGUGAAUCCAGCGACGGGACAGCCGGAUUACUCGCUACAGUGGGCGGAGUAUUACAGAUCGCUGGGGAUGCACAGAGAGGCGGAGAUGAUCGAACAACAGGCCAAAUCGAAAGGAGUGACAACGGCAGCGCCGGGUCAACCGCAAGCGGCGGCGACAGCCGGAGGGCCGGGGGCAGCACCGGCCGCCACCCCCACAGCCGCAGCUUCCAAUGGAGGCCAACCUGAUUACAGUGCGCAGUGGGCGGAGUAUUAUCGUAGUAUAGGGAAACACAAAGAGGCAGAAGCCAUAGAGGCACAGAUGAAAUCAAAGCAACAAUCACAAGCGAACGUACAGUCCAUGCAAGGAGCUCAAGGGACGUCGCAGUCCGGUCCUGCACAGGCGCCCGCAGGUAGUUACCAGCAACAAGCAUACGGUGCAUAUCAAGCUCCCAGUGGUUACUACGGAGGCCAGCCUCAGGGCGGAGUUCCCGGAAACGUCCAACAAGGGGGUUACGGCUUCUCAGCGUACGGGUACGGAGCCCCCGCCCCGGCAGCCCCUCCCAAUAACUCCGAAAAUUAAAGACUCGUUUACGUAUUCACCGACAAGCGGCUAGUACUUCAUGGUUUUUAUUUUUGAUUUAUCAUAGAAUCAGGUAGACAGGGCACUAUGAAGUUGGCACGUGUCCUGUCGACACAUGGUAAGACCACUUUACACAAUAGAUAUCACCAUUUUGUCACGCAUCGAAUGGGACACUUGCACGGUAGCGCCAUCUUGUAGAGUUGCUGGUAGUGUGUGCAAGUAUCCCAUUGGAUCGAUAAUUUUACGUUUGCAAAAUUUAACCCGACAGUACUUUUAGACAUGAAUCGUGAUAUUUUUUUGUAAUUUAGUUGAUAGUUUUAAUUAUUUUGUUAUUUAUUAGAUUUUUAUUUUUUGUACAGCUGUUUUAAUGUAGGUACGCAUCCACAAUAAAUAUUUUUUUACAGAUGGUUUUUAUGUUCGAUAACCUUGUUUUUAUCCUUGAGGUUGCGUUACGUAGAAGUUAAAAUAGUAAACAAAGGAUAGAACUUUCGUUUCAAAAGUUGCGGAAAAUUCGAUGCAUUGCGAAAAAUAAAAAUUUAGCGUUUCAAUCGGCGAGGUUAUUUUUAAACAAUAGGUUAGAAAAUUUUUUACCUCGUUUGGGUUUCUUCAAGAGGCGAUUAACCUUUUUCCGCAGCAAUUAAUAUUAAAUGUAGCUAUCGAAACUUUUUUUAGUAGAAAAGUAAUUUCUGUAGCCAUAUUUGUGUGUUCGUACGAAAUAAUUAAAAGAUCUUGUAUUCAAAAAGUGUUAAUUGGAGUUUCUUGACCUUAACAAAGUCCUCAGUCAUCAUGGAAUUUUGUUGUAGGUAUAUUCUAACGCAGUGUCUAUUUUUAUUUCGUCACGUGAUUAUUCAGGUCCUCCGUAACGAUCGUGCGAGGUUGUAGUGAAGUUGGCUUGAGAUUUGGUUUGAAUUUCAGUUUUUCGAUAUUUAUUAUUUUGAUUUUUUUUUUUUUUUUCAAUGAAGGUAUAUUUCAACUCAUUUCCAAAUCUGAAGCUGACGGCGACAUAUAUAAUAUCCAUGUGCCACUAGGAUUCCAUCUCAAGAAAUUUAGGGACGCUGCAAGUGUAUCAAGGAAUGGACUGCUGAGCAGUGAAACCGAUGAUGUUACGUAAUACUGAAUUAAAUUUUGGAAGACUAUGUUUCAAUUAGGCUUAGUUUUAGAAGUAUUUGUUUAAUGAUAUCUUUAGAAUUACGUUUUAUAUAAUGGUAUUACUGGAACUUACUAAAAUUAUUUGAAAUUCA